GAGAGGAUGAGAGCCACAUUCACCUGGAGAGUAGAGGUGUCAACAUUAGAGAUACAUAGCUAAAGAUACAUGAACGACUUUAGAUCUCCUGAAAACUGGUUUUCGUGACAUGUCCAGUUGUAUUUAAAGGAGCGAAGACAUGAUGAAUGGAGAAACAAAGAGUGUAACUCUGGAGGGCACAGAGAAAGGAGGUGCCAUCAUCACAGGAAAAACAAAUCCAGAAAUGAACCUGCAGAAAGGACAUGAGCUUGUUUCUGCAACAAUUCAUCUGGAGCACCUUAGUAAAGAUGAUGUGCUAAAACUGAUCAAAAUCAUUGAGCCCUAUGACAACAACCUUGAACUUAAGACAACAAAAGACUUAAAAUCAGGAGUGUCCCUUGGUGAUCUCCAAUUGAACAGUGAGGCAGGAUUUCAAGCACCAGGUGUUCAGGUUAAUGGACUGAAUGGACAGAUAAAUGCCCCAAGCCUCAAGGGUGCCAUCUCAAACCCAACAGUAAAUGCAGAAAUGCCACAGAUUGAUCUAAAGAAUGCCACACCAAACUUCAGCCGCCCAGCGUUCAAAAUGCCAACUUUUGGCAUGUCUGCACCAAAUCUCGAAGGAGCAGGUCUGGAUGGCAGAUUAGAAGCACCUGAUGUCAGUGUCUCCACCCCUAGUAUAAACACGCCGGAUGUUUCUAUUAAUGUGGAUAAACCUGAAUUGAAAACCAAAACGUACAGGUUCAAAAAGCCCAACUUCAAUCUACAUGCUAAAAAACCAAAGGUUGAUGGCGAUGUGAAUUUAACCACCCCAGACCUUAACACUGACCUAAAAACCCCUAAGCUAAGUCUGUCAGCCCCAAAGAUUAAUGGAGAAAUGAACACCCCUGAAGUAGACAUGACCUGUGAUCCAAACCUUGACAUCGAAACACCAAAAGUAAAUGUUGAACCUCCAUCUGGCAAGUUUAAAUUUCCCAAAUUAAAGAAAGCAAAACCUAUGAAAGUAAAAGUACCAGAGGCAAGUGUUGAUGCAAAUCUAAACACACCAAUAGAUGCCAAUGUAUCAAUACCCGAUUUGAGUCUCUCAGCACCAAAGAUAGAUACAAACACAAAUGUUAAUGUAAAAGCACCUGAUAUAGAUGUUAAAGCUCCAUCUGGAAAGCACAAGUUCUCAACUAUUAAAAUGCCAAAGCUAAACUUACAUAAAUCAAAGAUGAAAACUCCAGAGAUAAAUGCAGGGAUACAAGCAUCAGACUUAAACAUGUCGGCUCCUCGGGUAGAUAUGAAUCUGCCAAAAGCUGAACUGGAAGGACCGAAUCUAGAUGUCAAGGCACCAAAGCUCAACCUCUCUGCACCGGAUCUAGACAUUAAAACUCCAGCUGUUGAUGUGCAGGCACCAGAUAUUGACAUAGAAGCUCCAUCUGGAAAGCUUAAGAUGCCGCAUGCUAAACUGCCUAAAAUAAACCUAUCUGGGCCAAAAUUGAAAGGUCCAGAUGUAGACCUCAAUGCAGAGGGAGAUCUCCAAGCACCGAACCUCAACCUCUCUGCACCGGAUCUAGACAUUAAAACUCCAGCUGUUGAUGUGCAGGCACCAGAUAUUGAUAUUGACGCUCCAUCUGGAAAGCUAAAGAAGCCAUAUUUUAAACUGCCUAAAAUAAACCUAUCUGGGGCAAAAAUGAAAGGUCCAGAUGUAGACCUAAAUGCAGAGGGAGGUCUCCAAGCACCAAACCUUAACCUCUCUGCACCAGAUCUAGACAUUAAAACUCCAGCUGUUGAUGUCGAUGGCCUCAAUGCAGAGGGAGGUCUCCAAGCACCAAAGCUCAAUCUCUCUGGACCGGAUCUAGACAUUAAAACUCCAGCUGUUGAUGUGCAGGCACCAGAUAUUGACAUUGAAGCUCCAUCUGGAAAGCUAAAGAAGCCACAUUUUAAACUGCCUAAAAUAAACCUAUCUGGGCCAAAAAUGAAAGGUCCAGAUGUAGACCUCAAUGCAGAGGGAGAUCUCCAAGCACCAAACCUCAACCUCUCUGCACCAGAUCUAGACAUUAAAACUCCAGCGGUUGAUGUGCAGGCACCAGAUCUUGACAUUGAAGCUCCAUCUGGAAAGUUAAAGAAGCCACAUUUUAAACUGCCUAAAAUAAAUCUAUCUGGGUCAAAAAUGAAAGGUCCAGAUGUAGACAUCAAUGCAGAGGGAGAUCUCCAAGCACCAAACCUUAACCUCUCUGCACCAGAUCUAGACAUUAAAACUCCAGCUGUUGAUGUCGAUGGCCUCAAUGCAGAGGGAGGUCUCCAAGCACCAAAGCUCAACCUCUCUGCACCAGAUCUAGACAUUAAAACUCCAGCUGUUGAUGUGCAGGCACCAGAUAUUGAUAUUGACGCUCCAUCUGGAAAGCUAAAGAAGCCACAUUUUAAACUGCCUAAAAUAAACCUAUCUGGGUCAAAAAUGAAAGGUCCAGAUGUAGACCUCAAUGCACAGGGAGAUCUCCAAGCACCGGACCUAGACGUGAAAGCUCCAGAUCUCAGUCUUUCAGCACCCAAAGUGGAGGGCAAAUUUAGUGCUCCAGAUGUGGAUCUGAACUUGCCAAAUGCCAAUAUCGAAAGUCCAAAUGUAGAUCUCAAAGCCCCGGACAUUGACUUAAAUGCUCCUAAAAUAGACAUUGAUCCCCCCUCUGGCAAAAUCAAGCUACCUCACAUGAAGUUUCCCAAGUUUGGUAUUUCAGGACCUCGGGUUAAAACACCAAAAUUAGAUGCACCUGAUGUAGAUGUGAACAUCCCUACAACAGAACUCAAAGGGCCUAAUGUAGAUGUUAAAACACCUGAUCUUAGUCUUUCCACACCUAAAGUUGAAGGUGACAUUUCUGCUUCCUCUUUAGACUUUGGUUUGCCAAAAGCCAAUUUAAAAGCUCCAAGUGCGACCAUUGGGGGGAAUCUAGAGUCACCAGAUCUUCCCACUCCACAUGUAGACUUAAACUUGCCAAAAGCGGAGCUUGAAGGACCCGAUGCGAACCUAAAAAUCCCAGACGUUGACAUUAAUGGCACAUCUGGAAAAUUUAAGAUGCCACAUUUCAAUUUGCCAAAACUGAAUAUGCCUGAGCCAAAAGUAAAAGGGCCUGAGCUGGAUACUAACGCAGAUCAAGAUCUCUCGGUUCCCAAACUUGAAGGAAAAUUAAAUGCACUUGGUGCUGACCUAAACCUGCCUGAUGUAAAUGCAACUUUACCAAAAGCUGAAGUCAGUGUUCCCAGUGUAGAUGUCAAUUCCCCAGACUUAAAGACUCCAUCUGGAAAGCUGAAACUGAUUACAAUCAAGAAACCAAAAGUUGACCUUUCUGGUCCUAAAGUGAAGAGUCCUGGGAUUGACUUAAAUGCAGAAUCCCCUGAUCUCAGCAUCUCAUCUCCAACAGUUGAUACAGAUGUCAAAGUCCCAGAUGCUGAUAUGAAGCUUGAUGUAGAUGUACCCACAGCAGACGUUGACUUCACUGCUCCAAAAGGAAAGCUGAAAUUCCCAACAUUCAAAAAGUUUAACCUGUCUAACCCAAAAGUCAAAUCUCCUGAUGUUGACAUUGAUGCUGAUCUAAGUGGGCCCGAUCUAAACCUAUCUGCACCUGGGAUUGGUACUCCUGAUGUUGACAUGAGCCUACCCAAUGCUGGGGUUGAUGUAGAUGUUCCCACAGCAGAUGUCGACUUAACUGCUCCAAAAGGAAAGCUGAAAUUCCCAACAUUCAAAAAGUUGAACCUGUCUAGCCUGAGAGUCAAAUCUCCUGAUGUUGACAUUGAUGCUGAUGUAAGUACACCAGAUCUAAAGCUAUCUGCACCCGAGGUUUGCAGUCCUGAUGUUGACUUGAGUCUACCAAAUGCUGGGGUUGAUGUAGAUGUUCCAGGCAUCACUGCUGAAGCUGAGGGCUCCAAACGUGGGAUAAAAUGGCCCUUCAAAUGGCACAAAUCAAAGAAUGGGGAUAUAAACAUCAAAGCACAAGAAGUAGAUGGUCCCACUUCAGAAAUAAAAUUUGACAAAAAUAUACCCAUCUUCAAGCCUCACAGCUUGCCAGCCAGCAACAUUGACAAAAUCUUGAAAGAACUCAAUAGAGCAGUUGACUACAAUACUGACCCAGCAGAAACCAGUACUGACGAGGCUGCCUCGGUCACAUCAGUCCAGACAAAUCUGAAAGCUUCAUCUCCAUCUGUUGGGGUCAAUGAACAGACAGUAGCUGUAGAUAUCCUGGAAAGGCUGAGGUUGUCUAAUGCACGUACCUCAAGCCCAGAUUUAAGCAUAUCUCCAGAACCAAGCAGCCCUACAAAAGUGAACAGAGGAACAUUUAAAGUCACAAAGCCUGAUGCUGAUAAGGACUAUCCAGUAGUUGAUACUACUAGCAAGGACGAUGACGACAAGAUGACCAUCAGCUUGAACAACAUGCUUGGUUUAUCAAAUUAAACUUCAAGUAAAACCUCGUUAGUGUGGUUCCAUAUUCACUGCAUAUGAAACCAAUGGAUAUGUAAAAUAAUGAGCCCGAUCUCUUGAAAGUUCGCAUCUAUAGCGCGAAUGUAAUUUCUUGUGCCAUUUAUACGGCAAAACUAGUUUUUGCGUGUAUAUGGUACACGUUUUUCGCGUGCAUAUGAUACGCACUUUUUGGUGUAUAAUAAGUACAAACUCCCCACCGCCCUUCCCCCUAAACCUACCCAGGGGUUUUUCAGUGUGUAGCAUAUGCACGCAAAAACCAUUUUUGGCGUAUAAAUGCC